AUGCCACCCCCAGCCCCAAGCUUCCAGCAGCAGGAACAGCAGCAUAUGCCACUGAUCUCAACGGGCCAGUGUGUGAAGUGUAAUGCGCCACAGCAAUGACAGAUGGUUCAUGUGGGUCAACCUGGCGCUGUGACUGGAGGAGAGCGAGAGAGGAGGGACCCUCACCCUGCUCCCACAAUCCCAUUCAUUCACAAAGCUGCCUGCCAAAGGUUAUUGGGAAAUGGCUCCAUUUGAUGAAUGUGGACUGGUCUCCAUGUUGGGUGGAGGUGGAAGGAUUGACUCUGUGGUGUGCUGUGCUCUGCAGUGAGAAGCACAGGGCUGAUACAUACAGUGAUGGUGAGAGGUAUGGUGCUAGAUUAGCUUACGCAUGGCCAGACUAGUGCAGGGUAGAUUGAUUACAAAUUUGCUGUGAGUGCCCUACUGGGAUCAAGUCCUCCGGCUACUUAUCCUGCAACCGUUGAGACAUGACUGUUGCUCAGCAAAAAUGUUACAAACGAUGCAGUUAAUGAUACUCACUUGUACAUUUCAACAGACAGUAGAAUUAAGAUUGAAGUGAUAUGAACAUCACAGAAUGUAAGAAUACAGCACAGAAUUAAUUUUAACUGAAUCUUGACAGGAGUAAUAUAUAGCAGAAGCCAGAGACAUAUUCUACUUAACUGGUCUCUGUAGAUGGAUUUCUGAAAAGAGUAGAGGGGACUCUAUUUCAAACACACAGAGGAACAGUCCUCUUCAUCAAAUUGGCUGUGCAGCAGGUACCACAUGCCAGGUAGCACAAUAGAUGACAUUUAUGGGCAUUGUUUAAGGGUUUGUUAAUAUUCACAGACAUAUAAAAAAUAUAUAUACAGUUAAAGUCGGAAGUUUACAUACACCUUAGCCAAAUACACUGCUCAAAAAAAUAAAGGGAACACUAAAAUAACACAUCCUAGAUCUGAAUGAAUGAAAUAAUUUUAUUAAAUACUUUUUUCUUUACAUAGUUGAAUGUGCUGACAACAAAAUCACACAAAGAUUAUCAAUGGAAAUCAAAUUUAUCAACCCAUGGAGGUCUGGAUUUGGAGUCACACUCAAAAUUAAAGUGGAAAACCACACUACAAGCUGAUCCAACUUUGAUGUAAUGUCCUUAAAACAAGUCAAAAUGAGGCUCAGUAGUGUGUGUGGCCUCCACGUGCCUGUAUGACCUCCCUACAACGCCUGGGCAUGCUCCUGAUGAGGUGGCGGAUGGUCUCCUGAGGGAUCUCCUCCCAGACCUGGACUAAAGCAUCUGCCAACUCCUGGACAGUCUGUAGUGCAACGUGGUGUUGGUGGAUGGAGCGAGACAUGAUGUCCCAGAUGUGCUCAAUUGGAUUCAGGUCUGGGGAACGGGCGGGCCAGUCCAUAGCAUCAAUGCCUUCCUCUUGCAGGAACUGCUGACACACUCCAGCCACAUGAGGUCUAGCAGUGGCUUCUGGAGCAGUGGCUUCUUCCUUGCUGAGCGGCCUUUCAGGUUAUGUCGAUAUAGGACACGUUUUACUGUGGAUAUAGAUACUUUUGUACCUGUUUCCUCCAGCAUCUUCACAAGGUCCUUUCCUUUGAUGUGCACUUUUCGCACCAAAGUACGUUAAUCUCUAGGAGACAGAACGCGUCUCCUUCCUGAGCAGUAUGAUGGCUGCGUGGUCCCAUGGUGUUUAUAUUUGCGUACUAUUGUUUGUACAGAUGAACAUGGUACCUUCAGGCGUUUGGAAAAUGCUCCCAAGGAUGAACCAGACUUGUCUACAAUUUCUUUUCUGAGGUCUUGGCUGAUUUCUUUUGAUUUUCCCAUGAUGUCAAGCAAAGAGGCACUGAGUUUGAAGGUAGGCCUUGAAAUACAUCCACAGGUACACCUCCAAUUGACUCAAAUGAUGUCAAUUAGCCUAUCAGAAGCUUCUAAAGCCAUGACAUCAUUUUCUGGAAUUUUCCAAGCUGUUUAAAGGCACAUUCAACUUAGUGUAUGUAAACUUCUGACCCACUGGAAUUGUGAUACAGUGAAUUAUAAGUGAAAUAAUCUGUCUGUAAACAAUUGUUGAACAAACAACUUGCCAAAACUGUAGUUUGUUAAAAAUAAAUUUGUGGAGUGGUUGAAAAACGAGUUUUAAUGACUCCAACCUAAGUGUAUGUAAACUUCCGACUUCAACUGUAUUUAGUACUUAGUUGGUUUUCCUCUCUCAGGGACGGAUUCUAUUGGCUGUGAUGAUGUCACAGAUGAUUCAGCAGUGGUCUCAGGGAUUCCGCUAGUUGUUACAUUGACAUUUGCUUUUUUUGGAGGAAAGCAAUGCCUUUUUUUAAGUGCUUGGAUAGGUAGUGGGUUUGAUGGUUGUCACAGGAAUUGAAUAUUAUAUACUGUCAGAAAAGACAGCAAGAAGCCUUUGCAGAUGACAAGGACAGAACUUCCCCAAACUAAAGUUUGCUGCAGCCUGCAGGCUCACAGUGCUAGUCCAUUUUCCUCUGCCUAUGCAUGCUGAGUUCAGCAGAUUGGUGUGAAUUGGUUGGAGUUUGUACACGGAGAACCCAUAGAGCUAUGGAGUUAUCAGAACAGAGGGAGAAGUAUUAGACAGGCUUGGAUGGGUUUAACAAUCACUUCCUAUUGUUGGUGAAAAUAUCUCACAUCUACCUCAUUACCAUAUAUUUACAGGUUUUAAAAUUGAGGGAACAACAAGGCUGGCUCAAUCCAUUUUCCACAGACUUCUUGGAAUCAACAGUAAUGGUGUGACUGCUGCCAUAGGUCUGGUUCCUAAUGCCUUGGAGUUUUUCAGUGAGAGCAGACUGGUUCUGGUGUAAAUGUGCAAUUGAGACAUCAAUCAAGAGCUCUGAUCAAUUUCAGAACAUUGGCACAGCACACUCAGUUCUGAGCUCCCCAUUUAGCCCUUUUCAUACUUUCACUUUGGCUUCAAUGGAGCUUUUCUUAAGGAUGUUGGUCUACUGUUGCCUCAUUCAUACUCUUCAUGGGUGAAGUAGGCCUAAUUCUGCUCUUGUCAAUUUCCUUUCUUUUUCGGCAUCAGACAUGCCUACUUCUCACUUAAAAUGUAGUUUUUGUGUUUAAUUUCUAUGUUUUUUUUACACCAGAAGGUGAUUACACAGUAUUAUAAUAUAACAUUACAUUUGGAAAUUUCAAAAUGCAAAAACCUGCUAAUGUGUGUCAUCUAUCUUUAGUAAAAGUACAAUAAUGUAGUUAUUAGUAUUUAUUUAAUGUUACUGUCACGAUCGUUAUGAGAAGCGGACCAAGGCGCAGCGUGAUAGGCGUACAUACUUUUAUUAAGUGUACACAACACGAACAAAAACAACAAAACGAUACGUGAAGUCCUAGGUAAUACAACAACCACCCUGGCCAACAUAGAUCAAAACAAACUAGAACCAAAAACAUAGUAAACAAAACAUAGAAAAUCCACACCCUGGCUCAACAUAUAAGAGUCCCCAGAGCCAGGGCGUAACAGUUACUGUGAAAUAUUAACGGCAGAUCUUCCAGAGGGAAGCGCAAAACCAGAAAACCAGCCAUAUCAUCCUCCAAUGGGGACUGCGAGAGCUUCACAUCUGAACCCAUCAACAAGAUACAAUUUGAAUAAACAAUACAGUUUGAAGACUCACUGUAAGAAUAUUUUGCUACACACAGUAUCAGUGGAAGGUGUCAUUCCAAAAGGUGGCCUUUGCACAAAAAGUCAUGACAACUCCGUGACAUCCCGUCCCAAAGAGGGCUUAUGUUGAAAAAUCCUAAAUACUUUUUACAGUGUAUCAUACACUGUGAUUGGCGGAAGCAUGGGAAAGUUAUGCUCUUUAAAAGUUGAUAAACUUGUUAUCCCACUUAGGAGACAAGUAGGAGAAAAUGCCCUGAAAAGAUUUUGUUGAGUGAUAGAGAGCUCUUCUUUGCCCAUUCCGCAUCGUUCACACCCUCUUAAGCCAUAGACCCACCCAUCUCUUUAAGAAACAUGUAAACAAACGCUUGGCCAACCGUCAGCAUGGUCAACCCCUCCAUUAUCUCAGCCAAUCAUGGCUAGCCAGGAAGGGUUAUGUCUUUCUCCCUAUAUACUGUAGCUCAGUACUUUCUGCUUGGCUAAACUAGGCUCAUAAUUUAACAUUUACGGCUCCCAUACAAGUUUGUAAUUAAGGCACAUGAAAGUUCACAUGUUUAAGAAGGCAUGCCUGCAAAAACGGCCCUACUGUGAAGUAGGAACUAGUGUCAUCCGCCCCCGUGGGCUGGCGUGUCACAUAUGAGUUGGCAUAGGAAUUGCAUGACAACGACCAAAUAAAUAGUUUUAAAUUGUACAUUUGGCAUGAUAAUGACCAUAGGAGUUAAACAGAUCUGGGACCAGGCUACAAUGGUGGUGGAUGGGAUGAGUAACCACCAUUAACAUGGUCCCAGGAGCUCACAGCACAAACCCCCUUUUCCACACCCACCAGAACAAUAAGCAGGCCUAGUGCCUUAACGUUGUCUUUAAUCUUGGCUCGAUUAGGACUGACUGUAAAUGAAAGCAGUAUUUUCCAGAUAGGCUCUUUUCAGUAAGACUAGCAGGGGCCUGAGCCAAGCCCAGCACAGCCUGUGGAACGGAGCAAGAGUAAGGGCCACCGACAGUGUGCCUGAGUGUGGUCAGUCACACACCUACUCCCUGACACACAGUGAUAUCUCUGUCCACUCUGUCCUCUGUCCUCUCUUUCUGCUGUGAGGGCUGUAUCAGCUGAUGUCAUGUCCAGCAGCUCACCCCCUCUCCUCUCCUGGGCUGUAUUGAUCAGUCUCAUGGUUUAAUCCUCCUCCUCUGUUUUCUACCACAGUUCAAUCUCCCCUCGCUCCCUCUUUCACUACCGCAGCUUACUCCUGAUGCCUUUAUAAACCUUUUUGGUCCAUACCCCUCCGCAGCUCUCAUUUCCUCCUUGCAAAGACUGUGUGUGUGUGUGUGUGUGUGUGUGUGUGUGUCUGUGUGUGUGUGUGCGUGUGUGUGUGUGUGUGUGAGGAGCUCCUUGAAGUAUUGCCUGUUCUAUUGCCUCUCUCACUCACAGAGUUUUACCACUGAUACUACUUCAAUUCAAUUCUUUAGUGCUCCAGGUUUAAAAUGAUUUCCCAAAAAUUGUAUUUCUGAGCUUCGAGAGGUCGGGGGGGCAUUUACACUGCUUCCAGACAAGGUUUCUCUUUACCAUUUUAUUAAAUUAAUACAUUUUCCUCCUUUGCUGGAGGGAGCCCUGUAAAUGAAUUAUGAAACCAUAUAUGUUAAAUUAGCCUUUUUAAUCCAGAACUUUACAGAGGUGUUUCCUAAAACAAAAGUGCUGUGUUACUGUGCUACCCUUUCAAAUAGUUGUGGCAGAGACGUUUUUAACUACUGGCCAAUAAAUGGAAUGAAUGAAUGUAUUUUCUGCUAUCACAUAGAAUCCUCCUCUAAUUCCCUGUCACCUCCAGUGUUGCGCUCCUAAUCUGUUGGCAUGGCUUGGCUCAGAGUGACUGGCAGUGGUGCAGUGGGCAGCAGCGUGUGCCAGUUAGCCCCUGGGAGUGAUCAUUGACACAGCAUGGCCCUGCUCCAGCCCCCAGCCCCUCUGCGGACCUUGGCACCUGGUCGACAGGAUAUCUAGUCCUCCACCGGAGGUCCAGCUGUAGCCGCAAACUGGCUCCUGUCACUGGCUCGAACCUCUCUCGCCCACCCCACUCUCUCUCUCUUCUCUCUCUACCCCUCUUUGCAUAGCCCCGGUGGCUUCAAAAUAACUGCCUCUCUGUCUGUUUGCCUGCUCUGUCCUGAAGCCUGGAAGUAGAAUAUUUCUUCCUCUCUUGUGCUUCGAGACGGACGUUGAUCAUGGUAUUUCUUCACUCGGGGAAAGGUGACAAUGACAAAGUGCUGUUUUUAAAAGAACAUACAUCUUUCACAGUCUGCCCCUAAGAAGCAGCAUCCCUAUCCUGCUCUCUAACUGGAAAUAUCAGUGUAGUUUUGUCUGUGUAGAAUACAGAGUAGUGACAGGGAAGUAAAGCCCAGUCUGCCUUGCACAGAUCUGUCAUUAUUUAUUGACCAUAAAUCCCUGGGAGCCUCUCUCAGGCCUACUGUCUGGUAGGAGGAAUACAGAGGGGAGACAAGUUGGAUUUAAGGCAGACACAAUGUACCUAGACAAGCGACCAGCUCACCUGGGAAAUGCCACUCUUAUGUCCACACAUGAAAAUGCAUGGCCAUGUACAGGGAGGAGGAUCACUGAAGAUUUACUGACAUAGGUGUCAUGAGAUGUAAAGGCUGAAUUUUAUUCAUCACAUGCUUCGUAAAACAACAGGCGUAGACUAACAGUGAAAUGCUAAUUUACGGGCUCUUCCCAACAAUGAAGAGAAAGAACAUAGAUAAAUAAUAGAAAAGUAAUAACACGUGAUAAUAAAAGUAAUAAUAAAUACACAAUGAGUAACGAUAACUUGGCUAUAUACACAGGGUACCAGUACUGAGUCGAUGUGCAGGAGUACGAGGUAAUUGAGGUAGAUGUGUACAUAUAACUAGGAAUACAGUGGCUAGGCAACAAGAUAUAUAAUAAACAAUGUGAUGAGUAAAAAAAAGUUUGUGCAAAAAGGGUCAAUGCAGAUAGUCCAGAUAGCUAUUUGGUUAACUAUUUAGCUAACUAUUUAGAAGUAUUAUGGCUUGGGGGUAGAAGCUGUUCAGGGUCCUGUUGGUUCCAAACUUGGUGCAUCAGUACUGCUUGCCGUGUGGUAGCAGAGAGUAGCAGAGAGAACACUCUCUGCUAAACAGUCCCACAGCCAGCCAGCAUGGAGAUGGCUGGAACACAACACAACAGAACAGAGUCUGCUCCCAAACAGAAUGAGGCACACUGAGCACAGACAUCUGGCUGGGAAUCUAUCUUUAUAUCUCUAAUUAAAGAGAUCAUAAAAAGUGGAAUCAACAUCAUAGUUAGAGUUCUAUGGCUUCAACAUACUGCUUAGCUCUCGAAAGUGCCAAUACAUCUUGUUUGUAAAGCUGAGUAAAUAUGGCCAUGUGGUGAGUGAUGCCACAAGGCAAACACAAGCUCUGUGUUGGCCAACAAACUUUGUCACAAAUCAGUAGUAUCUGUAGUAUUUGUGUUUGGAUGUGUAUUGUAUGUGUUUGUGCCUGAUUGGAACGCUGCCCUCUGCUGACUGAAAUGGAGUAUAACACAGAGUAGAAAGCACUUCUCAGCGACUCCACUAUAUACAGUGAGGGAAAAAAGUAUUUGAUCCCCUGCUGAUUUUGUAUGUUUGCCCACUGACAAAGAAAUUAUCAGUCUAUAAUUUUAAUGGUAGGUUUAUUUGAACAGUGAGAGACAGAAUAACAACAACAAAAUUCAGAAAAACGCAUGUCAAAAAUUGAAUAAGUAUUUUUUUUUACACAUUUACACUUGAAUACAUUUCCAUCUCUGAUUUCCAUUUCAUUACAUUCUGCUUUGUUUCUGCAUCCCCCCCCCCCCGUCUCUCUCUGGUGUCAGGUCUAACUGGCUGAAGCCAUGCUGUGGGCGAAGGGCAGCCCUAUGGCAGGUGUGUCUGCUGAGCGCAGGCUUCAACUGUUUCCUGGUGGCCUGUGUCAUCCUGGUGGUGGUGCUGCUGUGUCUGGAGCUGCUCAUCGACACCAAGCUCCUGCAGUGUGAGUGACCCUGGACCUGUCUCUGUAUUAGAACCUGGAUCUAGGCUUAUAGAUACAUGAACAUUUGAGUAACGUGCACAUAUCUUCAAUUGUGGUUCCACCCUUAGUGAAGUUAAUACACACAAAACAGCUGUGGAAUUUGUGGUCAUUUGGAAUUUACAGAAAUGCACAUCUGUUGUUAGGAAUGUAGCUAAUAUUGGCACUAGGCCUGUUGUAUAAUAGAGUAUGAUUAUGCAGUGACAGUGACAGGUCCAGGACCUGGGGCUGUGAUCUCGCCUCUCUAUAAUAUCAGCAUCAUUAGUAUUCCUCAGUAAACAGUGUCAGGUGGUCUAAUGCCACUGUGACCAAUAGCACAUGGAGAUGACCUCAUCUGCAUGAUCUGGAGGUGGGUGUCCUCAUCUUUCAUGGGUUAUGGUCAGGAGUCCCCACUUCUGUGGUGUCACAAGCUCUAUGAAGGAUGGUAGGGCUAUAUGGGUUACAGGUCAAUGUGGAUGUAUCUUAAUGCUUCCAAGUCUUAACAAGUCCCUGGAGGCAGAUUGAAGAGAGGGGAUGGUUGGGAGGUAAAGAAAGACAAAUGCAUAGAGGGAGAUUAGUGGGCAAAUAAAUGGGGAGAUAGAGGGUGUCUGUCUGCUGGGUGAAUGUACGGAGCGAGGGAGGGAUGGAGGAAGAUGAAUGGACUGAUGGACAGAUCAGUGAGCACAGCAAAUAAAGACAGAAGGGAAGUGGCGCUUGAAGAGGAAUGCUGUAGCUGACAGCCCAAUGUAGUACGAUGCUGGCCACGAAGACAAACCUGUGCAUGCAUUUCUUUGCCUAUAUAAUAUAUACAGUAUAUAUAUGCCAUUUAACAGACGCUUUUAUGUAUGAGCGGACCUGGGAAUCAAACACACUAUCCUGGUAUUACAAUGGCCAUGCGCUACACACUGAGCUAUGGAGGGCUAUGUGUCUGUGCUUGGGUCUGUCUCCAGUAUUUAACAAAUGAGCUGAACCGUGAGUAAACUAGUCAUUUCUAAACAUUGUCUAUGCUGUGCUGUCUUCACAGUUAACAACGCGUUCCAGUUUGCCAGCAUCAUCCACUGGAUCAGCCUGGUCAUUCUAUCUGUGUUCUUCACUGAGGUGAGCCCCUCUCCCUCUCUCUCUCCCCCACAGUCACAACAGUGGUAGCAGGCUCACUUAAAGCUGAUGCAGCUGAGGGUUGAUUUAAUGCUAUAGUGUGCAGUAGGAGACAAAGGUGAGCUAGAGAGGUGCAGUGGUAUUAAGCCCUGCCCUUUCCCCCAUCAACACAUUAUUGACUAAUUAGGGUAUUGGUAAAUGGACUCUAUUGGUCCAUCACAUACAGUAUAUUGUCAAAUGUAAACACAGCUGUUUCAUUUGCUCCUAAUGUUUGUUCACAGCAUUACAGCCUCCACUAUCUCACUCAUUCUGAUACUAUUUCCCUUCAAAACUUGCUGAGUGUUAAUACCUCUUUAUGUAUUGUGUUUCCUCAACACAAUCAAUUUGAUCUAAAAUGCAGAUAGAGCUUUUCUGUUGCACCGUAGCUUUUAACUAACGCCAGAGCCUCAUUGAUUACAGUUUCCUCAGGCCUAGCAGCAUUUAUCUUAGUUGUUCUCUGUUCACCGGUCUGCUGCUCCAUUUGGUUGAGAAACAGUAUGUGUUUUAGUUAUUGAUGAAAGCUAACCCUUAGUGAUUCAUGUACGUAUUGGAUGUGGCAGGACAGCCUCUGCUCAGGUGGAAUCCUGAAUAUGUAAAAAGAGGGGAGAGGAGUGUAGUGGCCUUCUGCAGCCCUUGCUGAGUCAGCUGUAGCUGGUGCAGGGUGCAGUGUGUGUCUCUAAUUGUUUGGAGGAAAUCUGACCGCUGUGGUAGUGAACUGUAGGAAUAUGCCAUUGAUGAAUUGCCAGUGGAUAGAUGAAAGAAAACUGCAAUUCACUUUUGCUGAGACGUUAGGAUUUUUAGGGGUGUGUUUACAACUAUGGAAAUUAAUGAUAUCGCUAUGGUUCUCUUCCCCACUCCUUUUUACCCUACCUCCCCCACUCUCUCUAUCUCCCUCCCCACUCUCCCUUUCUCUCUCUCAGACGGUGUUCAGGAUUGUGGUGCUGGGGAUCUGGGAUUACAUUGAGAACAAAGUGGAGGUAAGCUCCCUGGGGGGCCAUUAGUCCUGAGGUGGGGUUCAGAGCACCCCACCACUUCCACUGCAAUGUCAUUCUCCCAAUGUCAGACCUGUGGGAAAUCACCCACAGGCCUGGAGGAAUAUACUGUAAUGGAGUACUCACUGAAAUGUGGUCAUUCAAAUAUUGUUGAAAAAUGGACGUUUCCAUUGUCUGCUUGCUAAUAUCUUUGUUUGUGUGUAGUGCGUACCUAACUGUCUGUGUGUGUGAAUGCGUGUGUGUGCUGGUGCAUGUGUCCGUGUGUGUGUAGGUGUUUGACGGUGCAGUCAUAGUCCUGUCCCUGGCCCCCAUGGUGGCCUCAACGGUGGCCAAUGGCCCCAGCAGCCCCUGGGACGCCAUCGGCCUCAUCAUCACCAUGCGCAUCUGGAGGGUCAAGAGGAUCAUCGAUGGUGAGGCUGGGAGGGCCUGGGGGUAGAUGGAUGGGGUGCAGGGGGUGUAUGUCUCCUCUGUAUCAUGUCCUUAACUGUCAGGUUGCAGAGAUGCGACAACAAUAUUUCUGCAGCUCCACCCCUAUGGAUGUCAUUAUCCUAACUGGCUUUUUACUGAGCUUUACGGAAAAUGUUUUGCCAUGCUUAUUACCAACCACAAUCAAUACUUGCUUUACAACACAAUGACGAAUACAUGCAUAAUCUGAUACAGAUACACACAGAUCUUGUACUGUUUCUUGACUCUGAGCUGUUUUCAAUCAAUGUUACGCCCUCUUGUGGAAGUUCCAUGUUUCACAUGCAAACACACUAAUUUAAGACAGGAAAUUAAGCCAGGUUAAACAAAAAUAGUACUGAUCAUAAUCCCUCUUAUGUGGCCUACUACGGAUAUAUAAAGUUAUGUCAGUGUGACUGAGUUUAUCCCUACAAAGCGGUCUCUAUAACAGUCUGUCCUGUGUUCUGUCCCAGCCUAUGUGCUGCAGGUGAAGGUGGAGAUGGAGAUGGAGACCCAGCAAUAUGUGAAGGCCAAAGCUGUCAGGGAGGAGCAGCUGGAGAGACUCACUCAGAUCUGCCAGGAGCAGGCAGUAUGUUCACACACCUGUCUAACUAGUUACCAUUGCCUGUCAUACACACCUUGGACCAACAGAGGACAGCAACGUGCCAUAAAGAAGAGAUGUGCACUUCCAAUACAUUAUGUGUAGAUUUGAGAGAACAUAAUACAUUCAAAUUCACACACUUAUAAGUGGAAUAACCAAACCUUUAAUCUGACAAACACUGAGUUGUGUCACACUGACCCUUGAACACAUAAAUACAUUACAUAUCCUUAAUAGGAGAUACUAUCAGGUUCUGUAUUCAGUCAUAAUUCCCACGGGGGGCCAGUAUGAAAAAUGUAUGCACUUACUAACUGUAAGUCGCUCUGGAUAAGAGCGUCUGCUAAAUGACUAAAAUGUAAAUGUAAUAAUGCGUCACAACAUUCCUGUUAUUCCCAUCCUGGGAUUUCCAUUCAGGAAAAUUAUCCAGUCACAUUUGUCCCGUCCCCCCGUCCCCCCUUCUCGCUCUUUCUCUCUCUACCUUCUCUCGCUCUCGCUCGCUCGCUCUCUCUCUCUCAGUUUGAGAUCAGGCAGCUGCGGGCCCACCUGGCUCAACAGGACUUGGACCUGGUAGCAGAGCGAGAGGCUGCCAUGCAGAUACACCAUGUGUGGGGCAAGCAGAACAGCAGCUUCCAGGAGGUGGAUGGCCUGGCCCCUGGGGGCCCCGAUCAACGCAGCCAGGCUAAAGCCAGGGAGGCAGCGGCCCCUGGAGGUACCACACCCUGAUCCUAUAACCCCACCAUUUACUGAAGUAUUACAUCCGAGAACUGCAGAUUGCCUCAUCAAGAUGACAUUGUUAUAUCUCUAUGGAUUGCCUGCUGGCUGUGGUUUCUAACCAAAGAGGGUCUCUCUUGAAGCUAGGGGAAUAGAGGGACGUUCUUGCCAUGUCAGAUCAGAUUUUCCAGGCAAAGUGGUUGAAUGAACAGAGUGCUCUGUGCUUUGGGUCAUGUUUGUUAAACAGAGGUUGGCUUGGUUGAAAAUAUGUUCUCCGUUCACCUGGAAACCACAACAGACAUCUAACAAACCACACCAGAUUCCAGGGAGGAUAGAAUAGUAGAUUACUGUACAAGGAAAAUAAUUUCCCUAGAACAGCAGCCUGACGAGAGGCCUAGCAGUGUGGGACCUCUGAGUCGUAGACCUCAGUGCUAUGGGAGUGCUGUUUGAAUGAGGACAAGAUCCUCUAUGUAAAUAUACACUCCCCUACGUAUUUAUUUGGACAGUGACACACUUGAUGUAUUUAGUCCCACCAUUUGAAGGUGUCAUAAGUAUUUGGACAAAUUCACUUAGUGUAUUACAUUUAGUCAAAAGUUUCGUAUUUGGUCCCAUAUCCCUAGCCCGUAAUAACUACAUCAAGCUUGUAACUCUACAAACUUGUUGGAGGCAUUUGUAGUUUUUUUGGUUGCAUUUUGGAUUACGUUGUGCCCAAUAUAAAUUAAUGGUAAAUAAUGUAUUGUCAUUUUGGAGUCACUUUUUUAUUGUAAAUAAGAAUUUAAUGUUUCUGAACACUUCUACAUUAUACUAACUGUAAGUCGCUCUGGAUAAGAGCGUCUGCUAAAUAACUAAAAUGUAAAUGUAAUGUGGAUGCUACCAUGAUUAAGGAUAAUAAUGAAUGAAUCGUGAAUCAUGAGGAGUGAGAAAGUUACAGAUGCACAAAGAUCAUGCUAACCUCUCACCAUUACCAUUAACGGGAGGAUAUCAUUUUUGAGGGGGUAUGAUAUUUAUGCCUCUGUAACUUUCUCACUCAUCAUUAUUCACAAUUUAUUCAUUAUUAUCCGUAGUCAUAGUAACAUCCACAUUAAUGUAGAAGUGUUCAGAAACAUAUUAUAUUCUUUUUUACAAUAAAAGUGACUCCAAAAUGACACAAUACAUUAUUUACCAUUAAUUUCUAUUGGGCACAACGUAAUCCGAAACACAACCAAAACAAACUGCAAGUUUGUAGAGUGAUAAGCUUGAUGUAGUCAUUGCAUGCUAGGAAUAUGGGACCAAAUACAAAAAUGUAGACCAUUUUAUACACUGUGUGAAUUCUUCCAAAUACUUAUGACACCUUCAAAUGGGGGGACUAGAUACAUAGUGCUUUCAUUUCUAAAUGUUAAAACAGAUAUGUAUGAAAACACCCUAAAAUAAAAUGUGACAUUCUGUACUGUUGCCUCAUAUAAAACAUUUUAUUUCAAAUGCAAAAUGCUGGAGCAUGGAGCCAAAUUUGCUUCACUGUCCAAAUAAAUACAUAGGGGAGUGUACCUGUAAACAAUACACCAAGAGAUUGGUUUAAUAUGAUGUCCCACCUUCGUAUGAUGACCAUUGUAUCUAACCUAGGCCGGGAUUCAAUCCGAUCGUGGAUUAUAGGCAUUACUGCUUUUAAAGGUUAUGAAUUGUCAAAAUCAUGUUUUUCAUAACAUGUGAUGAUAUUUGAAGGAAACCAGAUCAAAGUAUGACUAAUGACUGUUGCUUCUACAUUGAUAAAGUUUGAUCAUAAAGUUACUGGUCCUCUCCCCAUGUCAAACACUUGGAUUAAUUUUUAAGUGGACAAGGUGACAUCACCUUAAUUUCAUUUUAAUACACCAAAGGUAAAAUGAUAUUCUCUUACCUAAUUUAAAUAAGUACCGCCAAGUAACCAACAUCGUAAAAAGUGUGUUUACAGCUGGGUGUGGUUUAUAUAGCUAGAUAGCUACUCUACUUGUGCCAAAAUUUGACUGUAGGGUGUCAGCAAAUAUCAUUAAAAGUUUACCCUGUUCAUCUAUGGCAAAGAUACUUAUGGUUCCCCUUUAAUCUGUGUCUGGUGUUAGCUAGUUACUGGCUAGCUAGGUCUUCAGCCAGCAUGGAACAAAAGGGGGGAAUGGUCGUUCAAAACUCUGACGCAGUUGUCAUGUCAACACAUCCGUCAUUGCUGCUGUGAACUGCAUCACAAGAGACAUGUCAAACGGGAAUGUAUGGGGCCUCCCGAGUGGCACAGCGGUCUAAGGCACUGCAUUGCAGUGUUAGCGGCGUCACUACAGACCCUGGUUCAAUCCCGGGCUCUGUCGCAGCCGGCCGCGACCAGGAGACCCAUGAGGCAGCGCACAAUUGGCUCAGCAUCGUCUGGGUUAGGGGAAGGUUUGGCGGGCUGGUAUGUCCUUGUCCCAUCGCGCUCUAGCAACUCCUUGUGGCGAGCCAGGUGCAUGCACGCUGACUUCAGUUGCCGGCUGUACGGUGUUUCCUCUGACACAUUGGUGCGGCUGGCUUCCGGGUUAAGCGAGCAGUGUGUCAAGAAGCAGUGCGGCUUAGCAGGGUCGUGUUUCCGAGUACGCAUGGCUCUCGACCUUCGCCUCUCCCAAGUCCGUACAGGAGUUGCAGCGACGGGACAAGACUGGGGGUAAUAAAUAAAAACAGGAAUGUAUUUUUAAAUUUUUUGUUUCAGUUGCUUUGUGUAUCAACAAAUUUGCUUGAUGAUUUUACUGCAGCACUGCUCACUGCAUCCAAGUUGCUUGACAUAGGCAUUUCAAAGAGCUGUCAGUCUAGGCGAGCUCAUGAAUAUAAGCUCCCUGCUCACUCAGCCUGUCUCUUCAAACUUCCUGGUAGUCAGCCAUGAGAGAAAAUGUACUUUUCAAUCAAUCCUAUUAGCCAAUCUUCAAUCAUUUGAGAAUAAAUUGGAUGACCUAAGAUUAUGGUUAUCCUACCAACGGGACAUUAAAAACUGUAAUAUCUUAUGUUUCACCGAGUCGUGACUGAACAACAACAUGGACAACAUACAGCUAGCGGGCUAUACGCUACAUCGGCAGGAUAGAACGGCUGACUCCGGUAAGACAAGGGGUGGUGGUCUGUGUAUAUUUGUAAACAACAGCUGGUGCACAAAAUCCAAUACUAAGGAAGUCUUGAGGUUUUGCUCGCCUGAGGUAGAGUAUCUUAUGCUAAGCUGUAGACCACACUAUUUACCAAGAGAGUUUUCAUCUAUAUUUUUCAUAGCUGUCUAUUUACCACCACAAACCAAUGCUGGCAUUAAGAUUGCACUGAAUGAGCUGUAUAGGCCAUAAGUGAACAGGAAAACGCUCAUCCAGGGGCAGCACUCCUAGUGGCCGGGGACUUUAAUGCAGGGAAACUUAAAUCCGUUCUACCUCAUUUCUACCAGCAUGUUAAAUGUGCAACCAGAAGAAAAAAAACUCCAGACCACCUUUACUCCACACACAGAGACGCAUACAAAGCUCUCCCUCGCCCUCCAUUUGGAAAAUCUGACCAUAACUCUAUCCUCCUGGUUCCUGCUUAUAAGCAAAAACUAAAGCAGGAAGCACCAGUGACUCGGUUAAUAAAAAAGUGGUCAGAUGACGCAGAUGCUAAGCUACAGGACUGUUUUGCUAGCACAGACUGGAACAUGUUCCGGGAUUCUUCAGAUAGCAUUGAGGAGUACACCACAUCAGUCACUGGCUUCAUCAAUAAGUGCAUCGAUGAUGUCGUCCCCACAGUGACCGUACGUACAUACCCCAACCAGAAGCCAUGGAUUACAGGAAACAUCCGCACUGAGCUAAAGGGUAGAGCUGCCGCUUUCAAGGAGCGGGACUCUAACCCGGACGCUUAUAAGAGAUCCCACUAUGCCCUCCGACGAACCAUCAAAGAGUCAAUACAGGACUAAGAUUGAAUCGUACUACACCGGCUCUGACGCUCGUCGGAUGUGGCAGGGCUUGGAAAACUAUUACAGACUACAAAGGGAAGCACAGCCGCGAGCUGCCCAGUGACACAAGACUUCCAGACGAGCUAAACCACCUCUAUGCUCGUUUCGAGGCAAGCAACACUGAAGCAUGCAUGAGAGCGCCAGCUGUUCCGGAUGACUAUGUGAUCACGCUCUCCGUAGCCGAUGUGAGUAAGACUUUUAAGCAGGUCAACAUUCACAAGGUCGCAGGGCCAGACGGAUUACCAGGACGUGUACUCCCAGCAUGUGCUGACCAACUGGCAAGUGUCUUCACUGACAUUUUCAACAUGUCCCUGACUGAGUCUGUAAUAUCAACAUGUUUCAAGCAGACCACCAUAGUCCCCGUGCCCAAGGACACUAAGAUAACCUGCCUAAAUGACUACCGACCCGUAGCACUGACGUCUGUAGCCAUGAAGUGCUUUGAAAGGCUGGUCGUGGCUCACAUCAACACCAUUAUCCCAGAAACCCUAGACCCACUCCAAUUUGCAUACCGCCCCAACAGAUCCACAGAUGAUGCAAUUUCCAUUGCACUCCACACUGCCCUUUCCCACCUGGACAAGAGGAACACCUACGUGAGAAUGCUAUUCAUUGACUACAGCUCAGCAUUCAACACCAUAGUGCCCUCAAAGCUCAUCACUAAGCUAAGGAUCCUGGGGGGUCGCCCCCAGGUGGUAAGGGUAGGUAACAACACAUCUGCCACACUGAUCCUCAACACGGGGGCCCCUCAGGGGUGCGUGCUCAGUCCCCUCCUGUACUCCCUGUUCACCCAUGACUGCAUGGCCAGGCACGACUCCAACACCAUCAUUAAGUUUGCCGACGACACAACAGUGGUAGGCCUGAUCACCGACAACGAUGAGACAGCCUAUAGGGAGGAGGUCAGAGACCUGGCCGUGUGGUGCCAGGAUAACAACCUCUCCCUGAACGUGACCAAGACAAAGGAGAUGAUUGUGGACUACAGGAAAAAAAGAGGACUGAGCACACCCCCAUUCUCAUUGACGGGGCUGUAGUGGAACAGAUUGAGAGCUUCAAGUUCCUUGGUGUCCACAUCACCAACGAACUAUCAUGGUCCAAACACACCAAGACAGUCGUGAAGAGGGCACGACAAAGCCUAUUCCCCCUCAGGAGACUGAAAAAGAUUUGGCAUGGGUCCUCAGAUCCUCAAAAACUUCUACAGCUGCACCAUCGAGAGCAUCCUGACUGGUUGCAUCACCGCCUGGUAUGGCAACUGCCUCCGACCGCAAGACACUACAGAGGGUAGUGCGUACGGCCCAGUACAUCACUGGGGCCAAGCUUCCUGCCAUCCAGGACCUCUAUACCAGGCGGUGUCAGAGGAAGGCCCUCAAAAUUGUCAAAGACUCCAGCCACCCUAGUCAUAGACUGUUCUCUCUGCUACCGCACGGCAAGCGGUACCGGAGUGCCAAGUCUAGGUCCAAAAGACUUCUCAACAGCUUCUACCCCCAAGCCAUAAGACUCCUGAACAGCUAAUCAUAGCUACCCGGACUAUUUGCACUGCCCCCCCACCCCCCACCCCAUCUUUUUACGCUGCUGCUACUCUGUUAAUUAUUUAUGCAUAGUCACUUUAACUCUACCCACAUGUACAUAUUACUUCAACUACCUCAACUAGCCGGUGCCCCCGCACAUUGACUCUGCACCGGUACCCCCCUGUAUAUAUAGCCUCCCUACUGUUAUUUUAUUUUACUUCUGCUCUUUUUUUCUCAACACUUUUUUGUUGUUUUAUUUUACUUUUUAAUUUAAAAUAAAUGCACUGUUGGUUAAGGGCUGUAAGUAAGCAUUUCACUGUAAAUUUGAUUUGAUUUGCUAUAUAUCUGAGAUGAGAUAUCUGAGGUUUCACUACAGCCUUUUAAGUGGGCCUGCUCCUCAUAUGUUCAUGUGUUAUUAAUCACAGAGUGAUUGUCUAUGACGCCACAUUUUAGUCCGAGCAUCCCCUGCCUUCUUGGGACAGUUUUAAAAUUAAUAUUUGAAGAAGAAACAUAAAUAAACCCAUCUAUCUAGCGGUCCUGAAGGAAUAUGGAUGGUACUUAGAGGUUAACUGUGACAGGUCAGGGGUGCCAGCCACAGCCACAGGCCCUUCUACCCACCACCUCACCUCUUUUUACAUUCCUUGCUUUGCUCCUAUGGGUUCAACCUUCUGGUCAGGAAUAUCUGACUGAUGCAUUCUGGGAGAUCUUUACAGAACAGAUUUUCAAAAUCUCUAUUAGAUAAGGGUACCAAACAUCCAACUCAUUCUAUUGUUUCUGAGAAAGAGUACAUACCUAGUUUGUUUCUUAUUUCUUUCAGAUCAUGUUGUUCAAGAUGACAUGAACAACUACAUCAGCCAGUACUACAGUGAGGCAAGCAGUGGUAAGAAUAAACAAUUGUCUACACCCUCACAGGUUUGUUUGUGUACUUUGCUUUGCGGACAGUCAGCAGGAUCAUGUGUUGAGUCCAAGUUGUAUGUGAUUCUUGUAGAUGUUGGGAUCCCAGACCCAGCUCGUGUCAUCACCACUGCAGCCAUAGACGUGCACCUGCCCAACAACCCCAGCCAGCUGCCCUCAUCUCUGGUGAGUGCAGAUGCAGUGUCCAGCCGUCUGCAGCGGACGGGCAGCUCCGUGAGCGAGGCCUCCAACACCACCGUGUCCCGCUCCCGCUCCAGCUUCAGCGCCCACCAGCACAGCAUCAGCAGCCACACCCUGGGCUCCACCACCGACUGCAGCUCCACCGUCCGCGAGGCUUCCACCUCCACAGACUCCUACAGCGGCCAGCGCUGUUACCCCCCGCCCUACUGCAGCCCCCUGGCCCUGGGCUUGGGCACACAGCCUGGCCCCAGAGGACACCCCAGCGCCGUGGUGCAGGAGCUGCUCUCCUCCCUGUCUGAUGAUUCCUGUCUGGGCCAAAAGGGCUUGGACCCUGUCAACCUCAAACUGCCCAGUCCUGCUGGCUCCACCAAAACUAGUCCUGAGCUGGAGCACAGGCUCAACAUCUACAACAAGAGGAACCAGGAGAGCCGCGGAGGCUUCCACACCAAGCCCCUCAUCCACCUGCAGGCCAGGGAGCCUUUCAUGGAGGAGAAGUACAGGCUAUCUCAGGCAGAUGCCCCUGUCAGCCGUCUGCCUGAGACAUAG